CAGCGUAGCACGGGUGUAGGAUUUCAUUCGAACUUGUUGAAGCGAAUGCCAGUUCGCUGACGGCCACGGAAAAACAAGUCGACCGUGGGGUGGUAAAUCGGUCAUCCCCGUGCAGAAAUGAAAAGGCAAGCUAACUUCCGGGUGGAGUGGCCCACGGUCAGGCCUCAGUAACUCGACCCCAAGCUUUGAACGGGGCCACGACUGGGCGGCUCCCCCAAACAACCUUAUGAGUUCCGGGAUGUGUUCGCGCCGACAAAAAGGUUUUUUGCAAACCGGCGUCUGUGUAUUAGCCGUUGCCUUCCUUAGCGGCGGAAUGUAUUUGUACGGCCAGUUGCAGAACAAGGUGAAGUCGCUGGAGUCCAUGUCACUCAAGUUCCGGCAGCAGCAGGAGGCGCUGUCCGCACAGCUGCAAGUGGUAUAUGAACAUAGAUCAAGACUGGAACGCUCACUGCAAAAGGAAAGGGGUGAACACAAAAAGACCAAAGAAGAUUUUCUAGUAUACAAACUGGAAGCUCAAGAAGCCUUAAACAAGGAGAAGCAAGACUCAAUGAGCCGCUAUGGUGCCCUAAGUUCCCAGCACAAAUUACUUAAGAAUCAGCAUGAAGACCUUAAAAGGCAGCUACAGGAGCUACGUUCUCAGCAUGCCACCCUUCAGCUGAGCCACCAGCAGGUGCAAGAGGAGAGCAGCCACAAGGAGGCAUUAUUGCGUAAGAAACACGAACAUGAGCUUAAAAACAUGCAAGAAACUCUGUUGAAAUUGAAGGAGGAGAGCAGAUCGCUAAGAAGAACUCAAGACAUAGUGCAUGCCAAGCAGCUGACUGUGCAGCCGGCACACACUCUCACCAUCCAACCAGUAAAAGGUAUUUUGGAACCACAGGUUGGCAGAAUAAAUAAUGUUCAGUUAAACCAGGAUUCUGUGACAAAGAAAGCAGAGUGGGACCCUGGGUGGCAACAAUCAAUUGUUGACAGGCAAGUUAGCAGUUUAAAAGUUAAUUCGAAAGGACUUUUAAACACCAACCAUCUGAAUUCCAGUCACAAAAAUGGUGCCGACCCAGUUAAGUGGACAUUGGCAUCUAAGCAGAACUUGGGGCCUGGAGACACAAAACUAAAGGAAAUUGCAUUGGUGGAUAUAGAUGGUAUAGUCGAUGCUGGACCGAACCUUCCACUUGAAAAGAAACUCAUUGCUCAGGAACCAAUGAUGCCUGAAGAAGAAGAAGAAGAAGAAGAAGAAGAAGAAGCUGACCCGGCACGAGAUCCCAACAAUCAAGGCGAGGAUGAGUUUGAAGAAGCUGAACUUGAGCAUCCACAGACUGAAGGAGAGCAAAUUCUAUCCCAGCAAAAGGAGACGAGUCUCAAGGGUGCAGGCUUAGAGAACCCACUGCUUCCUGUUACUGUACCUGUUGGUCACCAACAUGCUGAAGAUGAAUAUGAGGAGGAUCAGGAGAUUGAAAAUGAUGAUAAUGGUGGUGAAGUUGAUGAGGAUUUGGAGGUAGUGCAGAUGAAGUCUGUGAAAAAGAGGGGAGCAGCUGAGGAGAGAGACAACUACUAAUAUCUAUCAACAGCCAAAAUGUUUCUUUGAAAAACAAGGCUCGCUUGGUCAUUGAGUUGCCACACUUCUCCAUUGCAGUUCAUCAUUUUAUUUUUGUAAACACAUUCUUUAUGAGAGUGGCCACAUCAUAUAUGCUGUGGGUCUGACGUCUUGUUUUGAGCGUUUCUGCAGACACUUCACAGGACUAAAAUGUCCAGUCUGAUAGGCUAGAGAACAAUUUGAUGCCCCUUCCUUUGUAUAUAGUGUUUAUCCUAAUUCCCAAAUGAUCAUCUUUGUACUUGAAAUAAAACCACUUUUGUAUUAACCAA